CAUGUACCGAUGUCUAUCAUGUGUAAUUGUUGCUAAUGUUUGUCAUCGUGGGUUUAUUCAAACAUUUUGUGCUCAAAAAGUUAACGUUUUUACACAGAGAAAAAUGAAGUUUUUAUCGAAAGAGCAGAAAUUAUUUUAUGAUGAAAACGGAUACGUCGUUCUGGACAUCUUGUCGAGCGCGGAGCUCGAGGAGAUCAGCGCCGAGUACGACUUGAUCUUCAGGAACAAAGCUGACCAAAAUCUUGACGCCACGUGGCAAGGAAGCUGGAAUUAUACGAAAGAUGAAGGCUCAAACACGGUAGUGCAGUCUAUCCACGGCAUGCAGAUGCACUCGGCGGUGUUCAGUCGUCUGUUGCUGCACCCUAGGUUGCUGGACGCGUGCGAGGACGUCAUGGGCACAAGUAAUGUGCUGCUGCAUCACACUAAAGCUCACCUCAAACCUCCUGGCAAGGGCAGUCCGUUUCCCAUGCACCAGGAUUACCACUACUUCCCCUUCAAAAACCACUCGAUGGUGGCCGUGUUUUUCAACCUGGACGACAGCUUCCCAGAGAACGGAGGACUAUGCGUGUACCCAGGCAGCCAUAAGCUCGGUCCUCAGGAAGAUGUGAGCGACAAUCCUGACUACCAUUACCUCAAUAAAGACAAGUUCCCGCUGGAGGCCGCCACUCCGCUCACGCUCAAGAAAGGCCAGGUGGUGAUCUUCUCGUACCUGCUGGUGCACGGCUCGUACCCGAACAGCAGCGACCGCGUACGACGGAUGUUCCUCGUGCAGCUGCGGGCGGCGGAGGACGACCCCGUCGAGCAGGUCCAUCGCUCUGCCUGCCAGGGGCUCGUCCUGAGGGGCGUUAAUGCGCGCAGGGACGCCGACAUCACCAAACGGAUCUCAGGAGAAUAAUUCUGUGCUGCUGCCAUUAUCUUUUUUGGGAAACAUGUAUCGAGUUUUUAAUAUUUGUUAUUCUGUGCUGGCAAAAGGCACUUUUUUGGGAUAUAUAUAUCGAAUUUUUAUUUGAAAGUUUUUAAUAUUUGUUAAUAAUUCUGUGCUGCCAAGAUCUUUUUUGGGAUACAUAUAGCGAGUUUUUUAUUUAAAAGUUUUUAAUGUUUGUUAACCGCUUUACCUUAAAUAAUAAAUGCAUCUUAGUUACUGCUUGAUUUGGUCUUUAUAUUUAUUAAAAGGUUGUUUUCAACUAUUUCAUUGCGUCGUAUGUAAUACAGAGGCAUUGUGCAAGAAUUUUUUCUUUUGAAUACAGCCUAUUUUAGAGCGUGAAAGUUUUUUAUGCGGAUCUGUGAUGUUGUUCAAUGUUUGUGUAUUUCAUUUAAAUUUACACUACUCAUCACCAGUUGGAAUAGCUAAAACGUUAACGAAGAGGGUAUGUUUUAUGUACAGUUGUUCCGCGCCACUUUCAGAUGAAAUAGACAGAUUAAUCAGGCCAAAAUUUGGAAUACGUAAUCUUUAUUCAUAAAUAUAUUUAUAAAACCAUCAUCAAAA